AUGAACCACGAUAUCUUUCCAAUUUUGGAUAUAACUGAAUUGGUGAUAUGUUUACAAAGUUGUGAUUUUUCCAUUGCAACAGAAGAUCAAAUCUCUAGACCUACUGCAGAGUUUGUAAUGACCAUUUACAAACAAAUCAUUGAGAAUUUCAUGGGUAUAUCAGUAGAUUCUGCUCUCCGGACCGACGGGGUCUUACCAAAGGAUGCUCCCAACGAAGAUUUCAAUAAUGAUGGAUUAUUACCGACUUUAAUAAUGACGAAGAUUUGUUAUAAAUUUUUCCAAAAUGUGGGAGUUGCUGAUUUUACAUUACUUGAUCUGACUAAACCGGAUCAUCAACGAACCGUUAGACUGCUGAGUGCCGUGAUCAACUAUGCAAGAUUUAGAGAGGAAAGAAUGUUUGACUGUAACAAGUUCAUUACACAGAUGGAGACUUUGUUGAGUGAACUAAGAUCCAAAUUCGAUGAUUAUAACCUUUUACAACAACAGAUGAAAGAAUACGAAGAGGAGAUAAAUAUAUUGGAUGCUGGCGAUGAUAAUGGAACUAAAGAAUUGAAUAAAUUAGAAGAGAACAAUAAAAAUUUAGAAAAUCAAUUGAAAAAAUUAACUCAAGUACAAGAAACUUUAUCAAUAAAUUAUAGCAAUUAUAAAUCUGAAAAGCAGAAAAUUUUAAAAGAGUUGGAAUCGUUGGGGUUUCAAAUAGUGGAACUAGAAUCACAAAGAGAUAAAUUAGAAAAUUAUACAAAUAUUGAUAUUGAAGAAUUAAAUACAACCGUGGAAGAUCUCUCGAAAAUCUUAGAAAACAAAGAAAAAGUCUUGCAAAAUCUUCGAAUAAAACAAAAAAACUUAGAAACUAAAAUAACAACUUUUGAAAAAAUUUCAACUGAAUUAUAUGAUAUCCUAAGAUUAAUCUCCACAGAAGUACAAAAUUCUCAUGGUACUCAAGUGAAUUUAAUAGAUAUUCAAAACCAAUUACUAGAGAAUCGUGAUAAAUUACAAGAUAUACUUUCAAAUGCUGUCUUAUUAAAAUCUAAUGUAUUAAAGGAACAAUUGAAAGAUCAAAGAGAACAAUUUAAUAAAUUUACAGAAGAUUAUGAUGAAAAAUCAAAUGAAAAUAAAUUACGUUUGGAAGAACUACAACAACAAUUUUCAAAAGAAAUCAUACCUAAGUUGAGGGAAACUGAAAAUCAUAUCCAAAGAGAUUUAAUUGAUGGCGAAGUUAAAUUGUUGGAAAAGGAAAUUCGAGAUAUCCAAUUAAAAUUCAAUGAAGAAUUGGAUUCAAUUGAAUUGGAAUAUUCAUUGCUAGUGGGUCACAUAAAUAGAUAUAUGGAAAUGAUACUUGAUAAAAUAAAUCCAUAA